AUGUUUUCGCUCGUAUCGCGCUUCUUCUCUCUACCUCUCUCGACCCGAAUGAGGAUCGAUAUGGAUUCGAGUCGACAUUUUCGAGGGUAUUGCAAGUUUGGAGACGAACGUACGCAGCAAAAGCAGGAUUUGAGGGAUCAAGUGGAUUAUGCCCCUGAAGUCGAGCCCAUCAAGGACGAAGGACCAUUGGAGCGAUGGCCAUUCUUGAACCUGUACGGACCGAACCAGUUCCUACCGGACGAAGUGUUGGAUGGACAUCGUAGUAUUGUGUUGGAUUGGUUCGAGACCGCGGAGGAGAUCUCGAAUCAACUCACUCGAGCGAUCGAACUCGCCCUAGGUGUUGACGAGGGUGAACUAUCCCAAUUUCUCACCGGGAAAACGACCGCAGCCGAGGCAUCUCUCAACGCACUGGGUCCUCUACCCUACGCACGGAUGAAAACCAUUCGCUACCCCACCGGAACCACCGUCGACGGAAUUCACCGCCACGAUCCCACCAGCACCCAAGGCGUCGGAGCGCACAAAGACAGCGGCUGGCUCACUCUCCUAGCCCCUUCCUCCGAAGUUGGCGGUCUCGAAGGACAAGAUUUUGCCGGGAACUGGAUCUCCAUCCCGCACGUCGACAACUCGAUCAUCGUCAACUUUGGUCAACAGGUAGAACACUUGACCAACGGCAUUGUUCAAUCUGCCACCCACCGUGUCGUUUCCAAUCCUGACGCCCAAAAGGAUCGCUUUUCAAUCGCCUUCUUCAGCUCCCCCGCUCUUAACACUUUCCUCAAACCACUGGAUUCGGAACGAUUCAGCAAGGAGCUUGUGGAUACUUGGAAGCAGGCAGAGUCGAAGAGAAACGGCGGGGAGAUCAUCAGCGAUGUUCCGCGGGGAGAUCUGUAUGCGAGAGGGGAUGAACCGUUCGGCUGGAUCAAUUGGAGAGGACUGGUUAGGAGUCAUCCCGGUGUGGUGGACGCUUUCUACCGUCAUCUUGUACAGCAAUGA